AUGUCUCUGUGUCAGCUGUGUCCAUGGACCUCCCAGGUGUCGAGGGAGCUGGUGGGGCGUCAGGCACGUUUACCUGCUCCUGCCUUUUCACAGACCUACCCCCACCGGCCCGGACAGCAGUGUUCCGAGCAGUGUAUCCAGGAGAUAGAGUGUGGCAAGGCAUGCGUGAAGGGCCACGCACAGUAA